AUGAUGUCCACCACCAUGAAGGCGAGCCAUAUCAUCGCUGUUUUGAACAUUUGUAAACGCGGCGAUGUGGUCUUUCUACGAAAACUUCUGGCAUCAAACUGCAACUUCGAUGAAGUUAAGGACAGAAAAGGCAGAAAUGCCCUGCAUUACUGUGCGGAGACUGAUAAAGGGAAUUCUGGGGAGACUAAGCCAGGUGGCCGUUUGGCGUGUGCGACGCUGCUACUUGAGUCAGAAUUCAAGUUACAAAAUCAGCCAGACAGCGAUGGGUUUUUGCCUUUUCACCAUUCCAUAAUUCAUGGGAAUAUACCAUUAGCUAAGCUCUUCAUCUCCCACGGAAUGGAUGUGAACUCUCUCGUAGCUCCACCGUCAAAUAGGGCAAACUUUAUGGAGGAAGGCAAUACUGCCGUCUACGGUCGAUCUGCCCUGCAUCUGGCUGUGAUAUACGCCAGUUACGAAACCCUCGAAUUUCUACUUUCUGGGUCUUUUGAAGAUAGUAAUGGCAAUACACACAAGUUCUCUGUGGACGUAAGUCUUCAAGAUGCACAGUCAGCUACGGCCCUGCACUACGCGGUCCAGCUUCCUGAGGGCAUUGCUGCGUCGAUGAUUAAGUGCAUUGUUGAGCGCUCAAACAUGGACAUCAACUGUACCGAUGCGCAUGGACGCACCCCGCUGAUUUGGGCGGCCACAAUUGGCGCAUCGCUCUCAACCAGCAUGCUUCUGGAACUUGGGGCGGACCUGUGUAAAUCUGAGAAAAGUGGCCUUACAGCACUACAUUGCGCCUCUUCUAGGGGUCACACUUCCACGGUCCAGGCCAUCCUCAAACAUCUGGAGAAGGUCGAAAUGAGUCCGGAGGAAAAAGCAAAAGUUCUUGAUGCUCAGGACGUAGACGGAUGCACACCACUAUUCUAUUCAGUUACUAUGGGGCACUACAGCAUUACCAAACAACUUCUUGCAGCCGGAGCUGACCCAUCAGCUACGGAUAGCCGCGGAAGGGGUCUCCUUCACUGUACCGGCAGGACAAUGGCAAAAGGGGGAAUUGAUAUUAUCGAUUUGUUGAUUGAACAUGGCGUCGACCCAAAAAGAGUAAAUGCCGUUGGAGACACGGCCUUGCACGAAGCAUGUGCCAAUGCAAACAAAGCUUGCGUGGAGAGACUUUUACAGAUUGAGGAAGUAUCCCGGAAUGUAGUCAACUUAAGAAACGCCUCAAACCAAACACCACUUCAAAUAACUACCCUUUUGGCUUUAAGAGAAGAUAAGCAGGCUGAGGCCUCGGGUAACGCCGUUGAAAUCUGUCAAAUGCUCUGCAAGGCAGGAGCACUUAUCGGAACGAAUAAUGCAUCCGAGACCACACCUCUCUCUCUCGUAAGAAAUUGUCUACGCAACACACCGAAUUAUAGACCAGCGCUCGAACUAGAGCGUCUAUUUAAUGGUUGCAUGAGUAGGAAAUCGAGCAAAGCCUUCUCCAAAUCGACUGACAUUCAGGAAACAGCCACUGUGACUGCAACAUCCCAGGAAUCUUCUGAAGUCUCCUCCCUACCUUGCGAUCAAUUUUCCUCUGAAGAUGAAAAUUGUUCGAAAUCGAUUUCAGAGUACACAGACGAACUUCAUCCUCGCAAAAGUAAAAAAACUGAUACCGAUAGUAAAAGUGAGGCUAUUGACACAAGUGAAAUUAAAAACUUUGUGAAUCAAGAGAUUGACGAUGCAGUUAGUCAAGAAGUUCUAGCCAGAGUCUCCAGAGAACCUCUGAGCAAAGAUGUACCCAAAUCUGAGAGUCUCAGAUCUGCAUCCGUAUCUCAAGGAGUUAGUUCGAAAGCCAGUUCACGUAAACGAUCCGCAAAUGCUUCGUCCAACAGAAAUUUAGCCAAUGCUUCUUCUCGAACAUCAUCCACAAGGGGAAGUCGGGUUUCCUUGGUUAAUUCCUCGAUUGGUGGUAAAUCAACAACUUCCUCCUCCUCAUUGCAUAUUUCUCAAUCGGGAAAGCCUAUGCAUCAAGCAUCUCGUAAUGGCAGCAUAGCCACAACUGAGACCUCAUCCAGGAAGUCAGUUUCACUGUCUUCGUUAAUGAGUGAGUCUAAGAAGGCAAACAGAAGCCUAGGUGAAUCUCCUAGGCAGUCCACAAAAACAUUUGGGGAAUCAUCAUCGACUCUGUCAGCCAGGACGACUAGUUCGAAAGCCAUGGAAGCCGUUUCCUCAUCUCAUGCACCUUCUACCUUGAGGAGUCUUAGAAAACCCACAACGAGAUCCACGUCUGCCCACAAUGAAAAAGCGUCCGCUGCUGCUCCUUCACAAAGCACUAGCACCUUCUCUGCGUUUACGCCAUCCCAGACGCGUCGAUCUGCAAGCAACCACCGUUCAGAGGCCGCGAAACUGUCGACGAAGCCCACAUCUUCCGCCUCCGGUGUCAGGUCUGUUCCACUGAGAGCUCGUCAUUCGCCAGCGUGGACACAGACCUCAUUCGAUGCCACAAUGUCCAGUAAACUAGGUCGAGCAAGCCGGAGCUCCGAAUUUAAGAGCGAUUUGGCGAAACCACGACGUCGCCCCAGCUCUUGUGAUUUCCACCGCAAGACCGAUUACGACUUUCAUCAGCAUAAGGGCAUAGAAAGGCAAAAGCUGCCGCAGCCCACCAUCACGCCUUACCUGACGCCGGUAGCACGGUGGCCGAGGGCAAUGGCUUCCAUGCUCUUGAUGGGGGAAGUUUCACCUCUCUACUGUGCCCAAACCCUCAAUGUUGCGCCUCACCGGAGACAGAACAGGAGGGGAGCAGAGGGCACGGAGAAGACGCAAGCCAGACCAGCCAUCGAGGCCAGAAUGCAGCUCUCGAUUGCGGAGAAGGACUUUGUAAAGCUAGCUGCUCAGGUCCUGGAUCAAUACGACACACUGCUUAUUGAACGACAGAAGCUGGCUAGAACCAGAGCAGGACAACACACUGGGGACAAGUAG